CAGAAGGCAAAAACCACACCGCCAAGUCCACAUCAGUGAAACCAAAACUUAACCUCCAAUUUCACCCUUAAUCUCAGGCAUAAAUAAGAUUAUGAUUAUGUAAAAGUGACAAGAAAUUGAUUGGAUAAAUAGAUUUUAUAUAGUAAAGAGGAUAGAGAGGAAAUAAGCUUUUUUCCCUUGGAGUCAAAGCAUAAACAAGCCGGUUUUUUGUGUGGCGAUCAGGAGAAUUGGAUGUUAUAUCCGAUCGUCGGAGAUCGGAGAUGUUACUUACCGGAGGUGAAUGUUGAGGAAGGCCGUUGUGAUGCUGGUGGUGAAGGUGGCGGAGGAGGAGGAGGAGAAGAAAAAUAGGUGGCGGUGGUGCUUGAGAGUAGUUUCAGUACGAGUAAGGACGUGGUUAUAGUUGGAGGAUGAGGAAAGGGAAAGGAAGGAACAAUGGCUUGCUUCCGAAUUCGUUAAGGAUUAUUUCGUCUUGUUUGAAGACUGUUUCCACGAAUGCUAGUAACGUCGCUUCCACGGUUCGUUCCGCUGGUGCUUCCGUCGCUGCAUCCAUUUCCACUUCUUCUGAAGAUCCCAAGGAUCAGGUGACAUGGGCUGGCUUUGACAGGUUGGAACUUGGUCCGUCUCACAUCAAGCAUGUUCUCUUACUUGGUUACCAGAAUGGAUUUCAAGUCUUUGAUGUGGAGGAUGCCUCUAGUUACAGUGAACUAGUUUCAAAGCGCGGUGGUCCAGUUUCAUUCUUACAGAUGCAGCCUUGCCCUCUGAGUUCAGAUGGACGAGAAGGAUUCAGGUCAUCACAUCCUAUGCUAUUGGUCGUUGCUGAUUAUGAAACCAAUAGUUCAAGCUUGGGUCAGAAUGCUGGCCAUUCAGUUGGGGUGGCCCGAGAUUGUUGUAUGGAGUCACAGUUAGGAAACUCUGUCAGCUCACCUACAGCAGUUCGAUUUUACUCUCUUCGGUCUCACUGUUAUGUGCAUGUGCUGAGAUUUAGAUCAUCCGUUUGCAUGAUUAGAUGCAGUUCCCGGAUUGUAGCUGUAGGUCUUGCAACACAGAUAUAUUGUUUUGAUGCCCUCACUCUCGAGAAUAAGUUUAGUGUCCUCACCUAUCCUACUCCCCAGUUUUCAGGACAAGGGGCCUUUGGGGUUAAUGUUGGUUUUGGUCCAAUGGCUGUGGGACCAAGGUGGUUAGCAUAUGCUUCCAAUAAUCCACUGUUGUCUAACACUGACCGGUUAAGCCCACAAAAGCUUACCCCUUCUCCUGGUGCGAGUCCAUCAACACCCCCAGGUGGAAGUAGUUUGGUUGCUCGUUAUGCAAUGGAAUCUACUAAGCAUUUGGCAACGGGGCUAAUCAACGUGGGAGAUAUGGGAUACAGGACUUUAUCCAAGUGUUGUCAAGAGCUACUUCCUGACGGCUCAAAUUCUCCCGUGUCACAAAAUUCAGUUUGGAAAGUUGGAAGACUGGCAGGAGCUGAUAUUGACCUUGCAGGAAUGGUUGUCGUAAAAGAUUUUGUUUCUCGAGAUGUUAUAUCUCAAUUUAAAGCUCAUACAAGCUCAAUCUCUGCACUAAGUUUUGACCCUAGUGGGACCCUUCUGGUCACCGCAUCAGUAUAUGGAAAUAACAUAAAGAUCUUCAGGAUUAUGCCAUUGUAUGUGCGUUCUGGAUCAGGUGUUCAAGGGCAUGACUGGAGCUCUUCUUACGUGCAUCUUUACAAGCUACAUCGUGGAAUAACAUCAGCUAUGAUUCAAGAUAUUUGCUUUAGUCAGUAUAGUCAGUGGGUUGCAAUUGUUUCAUCCAAGGGGACUUGCCAUAUCUUUGUCUUAUCCCCUUUUGGAGGUGAUACAGGAUUUCAAACACUCAGUUCUCAGGGUGAAGAGCCUUCUCUUUCUCCAGUUUUAUCCCUUCCAUGGUGGUCUACCUCGUUUUGUGUCGCUAAUCAGCAAUCUUUCCCACCCCCACUACCUGUUGCGCUUUCUGUUGUCAGCAGGAUAAAAUACAGUAGUUUUGGAUGGCUUAGUACACUUAGCAAUGCUGCGAAUACUGCAACAGGGAAGAUUUUUGUGCCAUCUGGUGCUGUUGCGGCUGUUUUCCAUAAUUCUAUAUCACUCGCUGCUCAACAUGUUGACCAAAGAACUACUUCCUUGAAACAUCUUCUAGUUUAUACUCCAUCCGGUCAUGUAGUUCAACAUGAGCUUCUCCCGUCAAUUGGGGCAGAUUCAGGUGCUAGUAAUUUACGAGUUCAGACAACUUCAUAUGCACAUGUACGAGAGGAUGACUUGACGGUGAAAGUUGAACCUGUUCAGUGGUGGGACGUAUGUAGGAGGUCAGAUUGGCCAGAAAGAGAGGAAUGUAUUUCUAAGGCUACUGUUGAGAGACAAGAUGCUGCUGAAGGUGUUGAAAGUAAAUCAGUGAAUGAGGAAUUCAGCAUGGAUUCUCUGGAAAUUAAUGAUAACGGAGAAAAGAAUACAAAACCAUUUCCGACAAAACCCCACGAUAGCUUCCACUGGUACCUCUCCAAUGCAGAGGUGCAAGUGAACUCCUGGAGGUUACCAAUUUGGCAAAAGACUAAGAUUUCUUUCUACAUGAUGGAUUCUCCGGGAGCCAAUGGUUGUAAAGGUGGUGAGUUCGAAAUUGAGCUGAUCCCAGUUCAUGAAGUUGAAAUAAAAAAAAGCAAGGAACUAUUACCUGUUUUUGAUAGUCUCCAUCGUAGCAGAUCUAGCUGGAAUGACAGGUGUUUUUCUGUUGGGAAAUAUCCUCUGUCCUCGUCUCCUGAUCGUCAUCAAGGUGAAUAUAAAGCCUCACAAGAGGUUAUUAUUUGUCAUUCAAAGCCAGCGUCGCUUAGCUCGAAUGAAAGUUCCGGAGGUUCAUCAAGGAGACUGGAUAAUCUACUUGAUUUUGAUCAGAUUAACUGCGACAAGCCUUAUCCACCCACUUACCAGGGUCUGAAUGGAAUUUGCCAUGGAAAAGAUGGGAAUGGCUUCAUUGAGCCGUUGGUACUGAAUCAGGAGUCUUUGACUGUCGAUUCUACUCCAUUUCAGCACUUAGAGAAUAUAUACUCCAAUACUGGUUGCUCUAUGACGAGCGAUUUUUCCUCUUCAGAGAGUAAGUUGCCUCCUUUAAGAAGUAAAGCAGAUGGAAUGCCGUCUUUCAAUGCCUCAAUAUUGCAUGUAGACCAUUAUGAUGCGCCUAGAAACAUUCUGGCGGAUUAGUCGUCAUUUUCUGCAAAACAGAUUAAAGUUUAUUUCGGGUAUCUCCAGGAAGAGCACUAUGAUAUCUUACAGCACAGUAAAAGCGGCAAGUUAUUUGUACAUGCCAAUGAUGACGUCGACAGUGGCAGCAACCACUAUGGGAAGGAAAAACUGGAGGAGGAUGGGGGGAAAUGAUGAAAUGCUUGAUGGCAUGUUUGUGUUCUAAGAAGGGGUUUUUUUGGCAGGUUGAACCGGAUUCAUCAGUUGCAGUAUUUGUUCAAGCCGCUGUGAAAAGCUGAGGCGAAGGUAUGUUUUCCGAUCCAAAAUGCAUUGCACCCUGUAAAUAGGGGGGACCAAUGAUGGUUGUACUGUUUGCGAUCGAUGCUUAAAGUGUAGCAAGAGCAUGCACUCAUCUUUCUUUUAGUUGGCACUGCCUAAAAUAUGGAGUAAUGGACUUGGGACACAAAGGGGUCUGACUCAACACAUUCAAUAGUUAAGUGCUAUUUGGAACGCAAAGCACAUAA